AUGAUACUUAUGUCAUAUCAUACCCAAGAACUUGGAAGUCAGAGAGAUACUGAACUUGCCGAGUCACGAAGAAAAGAAACUUCUUCAAGAAAGCGAAUCAUGAAUCACCUACUUAUUUGCAUUUCAGUUCUAUGUGUUAUUUUAAUGCAUUUUCAUAUCAAUGGAUAUGAUCAAUUAUAUAUUCCAGAAAGAUUUAUUCGUGAAUCAUGGCUGAAAGAAAUCAAAGUUCCCCCCGAACAAUCAGAUCAAUCCGAUGUUUCAUCAACGGCUGAUAAAAAAUCUACGGAUGAAGAUCGACGAAGAAGAAAUUGUCUGACAUACGCGGUCAAAAAUGUACACCGAUCGCAUAAAUGGAUGUGUUGGUAG